AUGGGACGGCUCAUAAAAAACCACUGGGCCCGCUUGAUAAUCCUCACGGCCGCAGCAUACCAAAUAGGCAGUGCCAUCGAAGGUUUCAUCUGGCCCAAAGUAUUCUGGGAUUUCAUGACGAAGAACCUUAAUGGAGCAGUAAAACCGAUCCCGGUGCUACAGAUUCUCAAUCUUCUCAUGGGAUUACUCGGUCUUGCAUGGGAAUGGCCUCUGAAAUACUUUGCCGGAACGUUACCACACCGCAGUAUCGAAUUCCGCCUUAUCCUUUAUCCUCUCAGCUCUCUACUCUCUAUGCUCCUAUACCAAGGCACGGAUCCAGCCAUCUAUUACAUUGUCGGGAUUGGUGUAUAUUUCUGGGCUUAUAGUGAAGGCGAGAUUGUCUGCCCGAUACCGUGGACUUUGCCGAAACGAAAUUCCCUCAAAAAAGACUCGAGGAAUGUCACCUCCCUCCAUUCACAACGAGGAUACGACGAAGACGUUCCCGUUAACAAGAAAACCAGCUUUAACGGCAGACUAAACCAAUACUUCCACACAACCAAGCAGAUCCCCAAUCCUUCAACAGCCGACGGUUCCAAACGCAAGUCGGAAUCAGAGUCAACCAACCAGUCCGAUGACUCGAAAUCCAAACGAUCAAAGAAAGUCGUCUCUCCCGCCGUCCUCAAUCUCUCUCAGCGGAUAACCCGUUCUCGAUCCGCCUCGUCAUCGCCCGCAACGGAUUCGAGCUCACCGGGUCGAUCUCGUGCUCGCCGCCAGCCCUCCUCUCGCAAGAGCACCCCGGCAUCAUCCCCCGUAUCGCUCCUUCGUGACACCAUCCCUCCGAAUCUCACCCUUCUCCUGGUAGGCGUCAAUCCGGGUAUCAUGACCGGCGCUACGGGGUACGUCUACGCCCACCCGUCGAACCUAUACUGGAAGCUCCUCCAUUCCUCUGGGAUAACGUCAAUUCGCCACCCUCCGUCGGAUACCUACCGGCUACCAGAGCUUUACAAUAUCGGGAACACUAAUAUUGUGGAGCGUCCGACCCGUGACGCCAGCAUGCUCAGUAAGGCGGAGAUGGACGCAGGCGUGCCUGUGCUAGAAGAAAAGGUGGUGACGCAGCGGCCGGAGGCAGUCUGUCUUGUUGGUAAAAGUAUCUGGGAGGCUGUAUGGAGGGCUCGUAAGGGUCGAGCGAUCCGGAAGGAAGAGUUCCGCUAUGGAUGGCAAGACGAGUCGGAGAACAUGGGCCGAUGUGAGGGGUGGAAUGGGGCACCAGUGUUUGUCGCGACCACAACGAGCGGACUGGCGGCUGGGAUGAGUAUGGCGGAGAAACAGGCUGUAUGGGAAGAAUUAGGGAAAUGGGUGGUUAGUCGACGAGAAGCCAAGAAGGACACUACUCCAAUGUAA